CGGAUGCCCAGUGAUUUUGUUUUGAUUCUGUAUUUCUUAAAAGUUUUGCUCCAUCAUUACAUGCGUUUGAAAAAUAUAAUUGUCAGUCUGUUAUAUAUUAUUGUGAGAGAUGACAUAAAUCAGCAAGAUGAGUAUGUAUCACUACAGCAAAGCUCGUAAUAUCACAAGGCAGACAGUCACUCCAAAAGAGAGUCAGAUAUUUGGGCCAAAUUUUAGUUUGCAAGCAUCAGGCACGGCUGUAACUGAGCGAGCCUCAACCAACAAGCAGGGAUCAGCUGAUGGCAGGAGAGACUCGACUGGUGGCCUUCUGUCCAAUGAACUGAUCGGCAACCAUCAUAUGUUGAGGAGGUACACCUCUCCAAAUGACUUGCAUAUCACACCUGCUGCACCAGAUAAAAGUACCAACCAGAAAUCCAACAGUUAUGUUAAGCGCCAAGUUGUACCCGCCACUGCACAUGCCCAUGACUUCAUGGAGAAUGGCGAUGACAGCUCAGCUCGGCAUACGCGGAGUGCUCAGAUGUCACCCAGAGGCAACAACAAAGCUCCAGCAUUUUUACCAGGUGACCGGGUGAUCUUUGCUGAGAGUCCCUCUGCCCCCGGAAUUCCUAUAGUCUACAGAACAGCUGAAGAGAGAAACUCCAACCCAGACAGACUCAACUUAGACAGACGGCGGUUGACUGUGUGUCCUAUCUUAGAAGGGGAGGAUCAGCUACGGUUGCUGAACUACCAGCACAAUUUCAUCACAAGGAUCCAGCACCUGAAUGGAAUCAAACGGCUCAUAUUCCUUGACUUGUACGACAACCAGAUUGAGGAAAUAUCAGGAUUAAAUACCCUCAAGUCACUCAGGGUACUCAUGUUAGGGAAGAAUAGAAUAAAGAAAAUAGAAAAUUUGACAACACUGAUGAAGCUGGAUGUGCUAGAUCUGCAUGGAAAUCAGAUAAAGGAAAUAAGGAAUCUGAGUCACCUUACUGAACUACGGGUGUUGAACCUCGCCGGGAAUGAGAUCCAACAUGUCGAUAACCUAACCGGUAUGGAUUCCCUGGCCGAGUUAAAUCUCAGGAGAAAUAAAAUUCGGACAAUUAGUGACAUUGAUAGCUUGGCAAGCCUCCAGAGACUAUUUCUCAGUUUUAAUGAAAUAACAUGCUGGGAGGAUAUCUGCUGUCUCGGGGACUCAUCCAGCCUGUCCGAGAUCUCAUUGGAUGGAAAUCCAUUUGCCCAGGAUCAGUACUACAAACAAGUCCUCCUUAGACACAUGUCUCAACUCAGGCAGCUCGAUAUGAAACGCAUUACGGAGGAGGAGCGACGAAUAGCGAUUGUGAUGGCCAGGAAGGAGGAUGAGAAGAAAAGGGAGACGAAUAAGGCUGCUGUCAUCAAGGAAAAGCGCCGGAUUGCUAUCAAUAAUGCCAAGAGACAAUGGGAGGUGAACACGACGCAUUUGAUGUCACGGACGAAUAACUUAGUCAAGAUGCCUGAGAUAUACGCCAACCAUGUCGCGACCGUUUCAAAUUCUACACUGGAGCGGAUGGACAAUGAUGACAUUGACUCGCUCAGUAGUGGUCGCCAUAGCCGGCCAACCAGUGCUCACAGUCUCCAGUCACAGAGUGAGGCAAUACCGUCCUCGAAUCGCCCCCGGUCAGCGCGGCACCAGGUUCGUCCUGAUGACUCAAAGAUGGAGAAAGAACCUAUUAUUCUGAGUAACAUGGCAAGUAGUCCCUCGGGUAGUAACCUGACCCAUCUUGCUGAACUUGACAACGACACGCUGAAUCUGUACGGGUCUGGAUCUCUAGAGGCUUUAGACAGGAACUGGGGCAUUCAAGCCGCUGGUGCCGUCACCACUGUCGCAUUCAAGUUCAUAGACUUUGAAAUCAUUGCAAAACAACUCCACAAGAUCAGAGCAAGGUUCCCUAGUGUCACAACUUUGAUCUUCAGCGCCACCAACAUCCACAACCUGCAUCAGAUCAAUGCCCUGGCGAGCAUGCGACGGUUAGACAACAUCUUCAUUGAACUCGAUGGCAAUCCAGUCACUCAGUUCUCAUUGUGGAAAACGUACCUCCUCUAUCGCCUUGCUCACUUUGCUUUGAAAAAGAUUAAUAACGUCGAUAUCACAUUGACGGAUAUAUCAAAUGCAGAGAAGAUCUUCGGUCCAUUGGGUCAUAUCACUACCUCUCAACUUACACAGUCAAGGCUCCUCUCCUUGUUGGGGGAAACCAGGAGAAAGCAAUUUCUUGCCCAGGGAAGUGAUGUAAGGAAGUCACCGGAUGUAAAGCUAGGAAAUACAGAGGCAGUCAACAGAGCUGGAUUAGUGUAUGUCCCGUCAGAAACCCUCAAACAAAAGUCACAGGAACUAAAAAUGAAAAAUGACUUUUCCAAGCUGUAUAUCGCAGAACUGAAAAGCGAGGCGAUACACGUUGACAGCAAACGGAUAGAACUGCAGAAGGUGUGGCCGCAAAUAUUUGUAGAACUUGUGCAAAAUGCUGUGAUUGACAUGUAUGACGGGACAUCUUAUAUGAAGAAAUGUAUGGAGGAUCUAGAAAAAACUUAAUGUGCAUACUAUAUGUCCUCUAAAGAGAAAAUGAGAACAUGCCAUGAAUGCAGUCGCCGGUCAUCAGAACAAAACAAAGAGAAGACUGUAAACUCCUUCAUUUUUGCAAGCCUAAUAUUUUCGCAAAUGGGGUACAGUUGCAAACUUCAUGGGCAUGAACAAAUUUGGCCCGAUUAUUAUUUGAACCUUUUGUGAGUGGAAAAUGCAGUCAUUCUCUGGAAGCAAAAUUUGAAUUUGUUGUUUUCGCGAACAUAUAGGUCUGUGAAAAUAAGUGGGCCUGCAGUAAGUGAAUGUAUUUUCCAAUGCAUAUGAAGGCAGGGAAUUGCUGCUGGUAGUCAACUAAUGCAUAAUAGUAUAAUGUGUAAGGAUGAUGCACGGCGAGACCCUCUACCUGUUACCAUGAUGGUGAUCAAGAAGUGAAUAUCAGACUGUACUCCGCCUCCUUUUAUAGUGGACUGGAAUUUAAUGGUUCAUUGGGUUGUUGCAGUGCAUUGUCUAUGUUUAUCAUGAAACUACCCCUUGGACAUGACUGAGGGAACAUCUCAAAAUACACUGAAACUGAAAAAGACUAAAUAACAAUUUCAUCACAGGGAAGAGAGCGGUUGAGGGCCAUGUCUUCAUUGUCUGAGAUUCAGUCACAAUGCCAUGGUCACUUAUGUUUCUAAGUCUUAGAUUGAUACCAAAAGUCAACGUUUGUUUGCGAGUCCUUCAGGAGGAAGAGGUCAUGGGAGAUAUUAAAGAAUUUCAGCAUUUCAGCUUCAGUGUAUUUUGAGGUAACUCCUAUGCAGAUUGGCCUUUUAUGAUUUUUUUGCAAAUGUAAUGCAUUGUGUGUGCUAUCCAUUUCUUUCCCUCCUGUGUGAGUUAAUGUCAAAGAUAAAAGUAGAUUUAGAUUAAAUUUGUGACGCUUUGAGCUGGGCUCAGCUUUAAUAUUCAGUCCAUUUUUAUCCUUCCUUCUAACACCUGUCCUGUAAAAAGAACAGGGGAGAUAAAAAAGUUAUGUACAAGUACAUAUAUAACUGUUUGCAAGGUACAAUGCGGGCGUUACAAAGAUUUGGAUAGAAAAAACGUUAUGAAAUGUAUACCAUUCCUCCAUUCUAUCUUUCCUAUCCUUCCUAUAAAGUGUGGUUGCGAGUUGAUGUCUCACAUGUCUUAGCACAGAAUAUGUCAAUGUGUUUAUUAUCUUCGUCGUUGUUGUGGAGAUAGUCCUAUUUUUGUUUACAUAUAUUUUGUUGAUUAUUACAUCCAUCCACCCAUCCGUCCAGUUCAGUUUCAUGUUUGGUAUAUGAACAAGUUUGAUGAUUACUAGUACAAUGUCUGCCAAUUUUUGCCUGAUUGGAUGCGUCCUAAUUGCUUUUUUGCUACCGUAUUUAUCAGAGAAAUUGGGGAGUAUGCUAAAUUUACUCUAAGAACACUCCUGUGACUGCUGAUGAAUCGCCUUUCCAAAACAAAUUGCAAUGCAAUUCUUGCCAUAGUUUCGAAGAGCCAGUGUCUAUGAUUUAGAUAUGGACAAAAUUGAGACAGGUAUUGUCCAUGCUUAUUAGAAUUGUAAGUAUUGUUGCAGUCAAAUGAAAACCUACUGUAAACCCCUCUAUUUUUGGGAGCCUGACAUUUCACAACUUUUGUGUGAGGGGUUACAAUUCAUCCAUCAGUGGAAUCUCAAAAACCAUUUGGAGCUUUUCAUUUGACAAAAAAACCUCCAUCGGGUGCAUAUUUGUGUCGGCUAAAACCGCUUUAAAGGCUUUUUAGAAGCUCAAAAACCUUGAUUUCUAAGAGUGUGUAGACUGCCUUUUGAAAAAAUUACUUUAACAGUGUACAUGUGCAUGUAUUUCAGGUACUGUAUUUUAUGAUUUUAGUCACAGGGACUGAGAGUGGGCAAUGACUCGAGGUUUUCAUUUGGCAGAAACUUUUGGCUGUUGUUAUUGUACAGAAAUGAAUGAUUAUCAUUUGCAUACAGCUUUUGAGCUGUCAUUCUUUGUUACUGUACAUUGUAUGCAUUUAUGUGAAUUGUGAUACAAUAAAUACAUCAUAUGCCACUA